AUGCAGCUGUAUCACUUCACAGCCAUCGUCAUUGCUGGCCUCGGCUUCUUCACUGACGCCUACGACCUCUUCGCCAUAUCCGGAGUGGCUCCUCUGCUAGGCCGCAUCUACUACUACAGCCCUGGCAGUGACACGCCUGGGCGCAUGCCUGCUGGGGUCAACUCAGUCGUAACCGGCAUCGCCCUGAUCGGAGCCUUCUUUGGCAUGGUGAGGAAAGGAGAUGAGGGCCUGGGGCAUGGCUGGGCGUGCCUGAACGUUCCUAGCUUGGUGCCCCCCGCCUCUCCUCCUCUCUUGCUCUCCCCCCCGCCUCUCUCCCCCCCGCCUCUCUCCCCCCGCCUCUCUCCCCCCCCGCCUCUCUCCCCCCCGCCUCUCUCCCCCCCGCCUCUCUCCCCCCCGCCUCUCUCCCCCCGCCUCUCUCCCCCCCGCCUCUCUCCCCCCCACCUCUCUCCCCCCCGCCUCUCUCCCCCCCGCCUCUCUCCCCCCCGCCUCUCUCCCCCCCGCCUCUCUCCCCCCCCGCCUCUCUCCCCCCCGCCUCUCUCCCCCCCGCCUCUCUCCCCCCCGCCUCUCUCCCCCCCGCCUCUCUCCCCCCCACCUCUCUCCCCCCCGCCUCUCUCCCCCCCGCCUCUCUCCCCCCCCGCCUCUCUCCCCCCCCGCCUCUCUCCCCCCGCCUCUCUUCCCCCCGCCUCUCUUCCCCCCGCCUCUCUCCCCCCCGCCUCUCUUCCCCCCGCCUCUCUUCCCCCCGCCUCUCUCCCCCCCGCCUCUCUCCUCCCUGCCUCUCUCCCCCCCGCCUCUCUCCCCCCCGCCUCUCUCCUCCCCGCCUCUCUCCCCCCCGCCUCUCUCCCCCCCGCCUCUCUCCCCCCCGCCUCUCUUCCCCCCGCCUCUCUUCCCCCCGCCUCUCUCCCCCCUGCCUCUCUUCCCCCCGCCUCUCUUCCCCCCGCCUCUCUUCCCCCCGCCUCUCUCCCCCCCGCCUCUCUCCCCCCCGCCUCUCUUCCCCCCGCCUCUCUCCCCCCCGCCUCUCUCCCCCCCGCCUCUCUCCCCCCCGCCUCUCUUCCCCCCGCCUCUCUCCCCCCCGCCUCUCUCCUCCCUGCCUCUCUCCCCCCCGCCUCUCUCCCCCCCGCCUCUCUCCUCCCCGCCUCUCUCCCCCCCGCCUCUCUCCCCCCCGCCUCUCUCCCCCCCGCCUCUCUUCCCCCCGCCUCUCUUCCCCCCGCCUCUCUCCCCCCUGCCUCUCUUCCCCCCGCCUCUCUUCCCCCCGCCUCUCUUCCCCCCGCCUCUCUCCCCCCCCGCCUCUCUCCCCCCCGCCUCUCUUCCCCCCGCCUCUCUCCCCCCCGCCUCUCUCCCCCCCCGCCUCUCUCCCCCCCCGCCUCUCUCCCCCCCGCCUCUCUCCCCCCCGCCUCUCUCCCCCCCGCCUCUCUCCCCCCCACCUCUCUCCCCCGUCCUCUCGCUUCUUACAUCCUUCUCUCUUUCGGCUUCUCUCCAACCCGCUCGUCCCCCUUCCCCCUCUCCCGCGUACUCUUUCGGCUACAUCCCUCCCAAGCGCAGCUCUUUUUCGGUCGUCUGGGUGACAGGUGGGGGCGCAAGCGGGUGUAUGGCAUAACGCUCAUCAUCAUGAUGCUAGCAGCAGUGGGACAGUCUCUCUCCUUCGGCUCCUCCCCCACGGCUGUCAUCUCCACUCUCUGCUUCUUCCGCUUCUGGCUGGGGUUCGGUGUGGGGGGGGAUUAUCCUCUAUCGGCUGUCAUCAUGUCCGAAUAUGCCAACACCAAGACUCGAGGAGGCUUCAUUGCAGCUGUCUUUGCCAUGCAGGGCAUGGGCAUACUAGCAGCAGCGCUAUUCACAAUGGCCAUCGGGGCGCUCUUCAACGCAGCCUUCCCCUCGCCGCCCUUCGACGAGGGCGCUAUUGCCUCCGUGCCCCCCCAAGCCGACUACGCGUGGCGCGUGGUGCUGGCAGCGGGGGCGGUGCCGGCAGCACUCACCUUCUACUUCCGCAUGACCAUGCCGGAGACCCCGAGGUUUACCGCGCUCGUGCAGCGGAAUGCCAAGCAGGCUGCACGGGACAUGGGGCAGGUCCUGCACUCGGCCUUUGAAGAAGCAGACGUGGAAAUCGAGCUAGCCACCGCCCCUGUGCGAACGUACAGCCUGCUCUCGCGCGAGUUCCUGCACCACCACGGCGUGCACCUGCUCGCCACGGCCGCGUGCUGGUUCCUGGUGGACACAGCCUACUACUCGCAGAACCUGUUCAAUCGCGACCUGUUCACGGCCAUUGGAUGGGUCGCGCCGCCGUACAGCAUGAACGCCCUGCAGGAGAUGUACGAGCUGUCCAAGGCCACAGUGAGUGUAUGGGUGGUGCCACCCUACAGCAUGAACGCUCUGCAGGAGAUGUACGAGCUGUCCAAGGCCACGGCGCUCAUGACGCUCUGUGCCACGCUCCCCGGCUACUGGGUGACAGUGUUCACAGUCGACAAGCUCGGCCGAGUCUUCGUGCAGCUACAAGGGUUCUUCUUCAUGACCAUAUUCAUGGGCCUCUUUGCUGGCUUCUACCCCAAGCUCCACGGCGACCCCUGCACCCUCCCCUGCACGCCCACUGCCACCACACCCUGCCCUGAUCCUCCGAUAGAGGAUCCUAGUCAUACGACGUGCGGGGGUAAUCCGAUUGCGCUGCUGUGUCUCUACGCUCUGACUUUCUUCUUUGCGAAUUUCGGGCCAAACAGCACGACGUUUAUCCUGCCCGCGGAGCUUUUUCCUGCCCGGUUCCGGUCGACGUGCCACGGGAUUAGCUCGGCUGCAGGGAAGCUGGGUGCGAUCGUGGGCUCGUUUGGGUUUGUGUACGCGUCGCAGGAGACUCCCUUACAAGAGACUGCUUCGGCCGGGACUGUUUCGAAUACGGGGUAUCCGCCUGGGAUCGGCGUGCAGAAUACGAUGUAUAUUCUCAUGGCGUGUGCGGGCGUGGGGUUUCUGUGCACGUUCCUGCUGCCGGAAACGAAAGGGAGAUCGCUUGAGGAUAUUUCUGGGGAGAUGGUGGAGAGUGAUGAGGAGGACGACGAGGAGGAGGAUGGGGAGGAUGUGGGGGAUGGGGAGGAGGGGGAGGAGAGGAAUGAGUACCGGUACCAAGAGCAGGAGAUUGGGUUGGAAGGGGUGAUGAUGGGUCACAGAUGGGAUGAGGAGGAAGAGGAAGAUGAGGAGGAGGAGGAAGAUAAGGAGGAUGGGGAGGAGGAGCUAGCACUAGAACAAAUGGGACUUGGGAGUCUUGUGAUGGAUCAGGGGGAAAGAGAGGAGGAGCGCAUGCCAGUGGGAGGGGUGUGUAUGGGUGGUUUGGGCUUACCAUGUGGGAGUGUGCAUCCAUACGGAGCUGUGGGUAUUCGGAGGGAUUAA